CACACUGUUUUCAACAUUUGGGCAAACUGGAGCACAAGUUGUGCGGAAAACGGGAUAAAAAAGGGAAAAACGUGGAUUGCCAAUAAAAAUCGGAGCAUGUCGAAAGCAGGCGAGGAUCAGCCCGCUGCUGAGGGAGCGGUAAUCGCUGGCAACGGGAACGGUGAGCUGGCCCAAAAUGAAGGUCAAAAUCAGGAGCAGCAGCAGCAGCCACCCCAAAACCAACCCACCCGCAUGGAAUCGUUCUUUGCGAUGACCAAAUCCCUUAUCCUGCGCGCCCUAAUCAUCUACUUUGUGAGCUCCUUUUUCCGGCGACCAGCUCCUGAUGCCGCCACUCAAGAUUCCAAAAGUGUGGCAAAUGCCGGUCCCAAAAUCACUGCCUGGAAUUACUUUGAGAACGGCACGGACUUUGACCUCCACGUUUGGCUAUCGGAGCACCCCGAUGUGGUCAACUUCCAGCAGAAGGCGAAUCUCCUUUGGCUGCAGGAGGAUCUCACCUAUGGCGAUUGGACAUCGGGUCUCAAUGGCGAUGGCAUCUUUACACACAGUUUGAAACUAAAAACCAGCCAGCAUUUGAUGAACAAUGGCAGUGUGUACCUUCAUGCGUUCGUCACCCGCACGGGAAUGAGUCCUGAUCCUCAGUCACCCAACUAUGCCACCAAUGGACACAUGGGCCAUCAGCAGCAUCAGUUGAACAAGUUCAAGAAACUGCGGGUCAAUCGCAACUACAAUCUGCUGGCCAGCGAAAAGGAAAAGCUGGAGCAUGAGCUGAAACAUGCGAAUCUCAAAGACACCAUUGUCUCGCACUGGCAUCCCAACCUCACUGUCAAUCUGGUUGUAGACCAAACCAACUGGGCACAGGGUUCAGUGCCGCCUCCACUCGAUGAGUAUGUCAAGUUUGUGGACGGUGGCAAGACCUAUCUGCCCAUUGUCUUUGUCAACGACUAUUGGAACUUGCAAAGGGAAUAUCAGCCCAUUAAUGAAACCACUCCCGAACUGGAGCUGCAUUUAACUUUCCAACCACUGGGCAUGUUCAAGUGGCAGCUGUAUGCCGCCAAGCAGAUGAAGAACAAGUGGGCUGGCAAUAUGCUGGGUGAGCUGAUGGCCGCCAGUCAACCGGAGGAGAGUGACGAGGAUCAGGAUUCGCUUAAGGAAACUCUGCUGGAUACCAAUAUAUAUUUGCUGGGCAUUACAGUGGCUGUUUCCAUACUCCAUUCGGUCUUCGAGCUGCUGGCUUUCAAGAAUGACAUUCAGUUCUGGAACAAUCGGAAAUCCCUGGAAGGAUUGUCGGUUAGAUCCGUCUUCUUUGGCGUCUUCCAAUCGCUGAUUAUUCUGCUUUACGUGCUGGACAACGAGACCAACUUUAUGAUACGCAUUUCCUGCGUUGUGGGUCUCGGCAUUGAAGUGUGGAAGAUACACAAAGUGGUGGACAUUAACUAUGACCACGAUCAGAAGAUCUUGGGCGUGCUGCCGCGCAUCAGUUUCCAGGAUAAGGGCUCCUAUUCGGAGAGCUCCACCAAAGACUACGACAAGCUGGCCUUCAAGUACCUGGGCUGGGCCUGCUUCCCGCUGCUGGUGGCCUACUUUGUCUACUCCCUGAUCUACAACGAGCACAAGGGCUGGUACUCGUUUGUGCUUAACAUGCUCUACGGCUACCUGCUCACCUUCGGCUUCAUCCUGAUGACGCCGCAGCUGUUCAUCAACUACAAGCUCAAGUCGGUGGCCCACAUGCCGUGGCGUAUGAUGACCUACAAGUUCCUCAACACCUUCAUCGAUGACAUCUUUGCUUUUGUCAUCAAGAUGCCUACAAUGUAUCGGCUGGGCUGCUUCCGCGACGACAUCAUCUUCUUUGUGUUCCUUUACCAACGUUGGCAAUAUCGCGUUGAUCUCAAGCGUGUUAAUGAAUUCGGCUUCUCCGGUGAGAUGGAGCAGCAAAGUGCGACCAAGAAAUUGGAGGGACAGACUCCAAAUGGCGCCAUCGAAGCUCCUGAAUCUGCAAAAGCAACAGCGCCAGCGACCAAAAAGACAGCCGCACAAAAGAAACAGGACUAAAAAAAAUGAGGAGCAGCAGCAUAUAGGUCAAGUAGCCACAUUUUUAGGCAUUAGCGUUAGAAGACAAUGCUAUAUACCCAUAUACUCCACUCACUUCACUUCACUCCCAAAUAUGUAUGUAAUCACUAUCCAGUAUACAUAGUCAAGUAACCCAAAUAGCAUCAUUCUUAGGGCUAAUUGUAUGUACGUAUGUUUGUGUUUUGUUUUUCGUGCCCUCCGCGCUUCUCUCCGCAGCGUUGGAAGAUCAAAUAAAUUAAGUGUGAGAUGA